AUGGUCACCUUCGACGCCAUCUCGUUCCCCGCCGACGACCGCCCGCCCUACGUCGUCCCACUCAUGACCAGCGCACUCACCUUCUCCGCCACCGCCGAGCCCUACCGCUGCGGCCGCAUGCCGCACCCAGAGGUCUACAUGGACUACAUUGCCGACCAGCUCGGGUCUCGGGCGUGGCGCUUCCAUCUCGUAGAAGCCCUCGACGGCAUGCUCCAGAAGUUCGCGACGCCCUACAUCGUCUUCUACCCGGUCGUCUCGCGUGAUGGCAUGCCGUUCCCUGUGAACAAGUGCAUCCGCGAAAUUGAGGGCGACAGGUUCGUCGAGGCGAACGCGUGGCGGGGCAACCUCGUCGUGGCGAAGUACAAGGACACGAAGUACUCCACGAUGAUCGAUGCCUCAAUGGCGGAUUUCCCAAUCAUCAAGAACUACCUGUCUACUCACCUAGCGCCGUCGUAG